AAAAAAACAAACAGAACAGAGACAGUUUACUGAACCAAAACAGUCACCGGAGAGGAGCCGUACGUUGUAUCCAAUGCUUUAGUUUGUUAAUAAGAGAUGGACCGACCCCGGAAACAGCUGGUGGGGGUUUCCCAAACUGAAACGAAGCUGGAAGAAGAAGUUUUACCUUCAGAUGUCCAGAAAGUGAUUGUUGGUGAAGAGCAGGAGUGGAGCUCAUGUCUGGACCAGGAGGACACAAAGCCCCCAUGCAUUAAAGAGGAGCAGGGGGACGUCUGGAUCAGUCAGGAGAGGGGGCAGCAUCAGGGGCUGGAAGAGGCUGAUAUCAAAAGGCUUCCAUUCACUCCUGUCCCUGAAAAGAGUGAAUAUGAUGAUCAACAACUUCAUGAAAGACAACCUGAACAGAUGAAAACAGAAGCUGAUGGAGAGGACUAUGGAGGACCAGCACCAGUUAGACACUCUGAUCCUAACAGACAUUUACAGCCAGAUACUUACAAGACUGGAGACUCUUCUGAAUCUGAGACUGACAGGAGUGAUGAUUGGAACGAGACCAGCAUAAUUCAGUCGGAUUUAAACUCUAUGAAUAGUGAUCAAAGAUGUAGUACUGGUGAGAAGCCAUUUAGUUGCUCGAUCUGUAAGAAAUAUUUUGCUUUGAGACAACGUUUACAGACACACAUGAGAAUCCACACAGGUGAGAAACCAUUUAGCUGCUCCACCUGUAAGAAAGCUUUUACAGAGAGUGGAAGUUUAAAGAAACACAUGAGAAUCCAUACAGGAGAGAAACCGUUUAACUGCUCCAUCUGCAUGAAAGCUUUUACAGAGAGUGGAAAUUUGUACAAACACAUGAGAACCCAUAGCCGCAAGCCAAUUCUGAAGAAAUGCAUGAGAAACCACACCGGAGACAAAGCAUUUAGCUGUUCAGUCUGUAAGAAAGCUUUCACACUAGGUGAAAAUUUGCAGAAACACAUGAGAACCCACACAGGGGAGAAACCAUUCAGCUGCUCAGUCUGUAAGAAAGCUUUUUCCGCAAGCGGAAGUUUACAUAAACACAUGAAAAUCCACACAGGAGAGAGACCAUUCAGCUGCUCUGUGUGUAAGAAAGCUUUUUUGGUGAGUGGGAAUUUGCAUAAACACAUGAGAACCCACACAGGAGAGAAACCAUUCAGCUGCUCACUCUGUACAAAAGCUUUUACAGAGAAUGGAAGUUUAAAUAAGCACAUGAGAACCCACACAGGAGAGAAACCAUUCAGCUGCUCUAUCUGUAAGAAAGCUUUUACAGUGAAUGGAAGUUUGCAGACACACAUAAGAACCCACACAGGGGAGAAAUCUUUUAGCUGCUCCGUUUGUAAGAAAGCUUUUAUACUGAGUGGAAAUUUGCAUAAGCACAUGAGAACCCACACAGGAGAGAGACCAUUUAGCUGCUCAGUGUGUAAGAAAGCUUUCACAGAGAGGGGAAAUUUAAAUAAACACAUGAGAACCCACAGAUGAUAGAAACCGUGUAGACGUGUGGAGUAGAGCUUCAGUCAAGAAGGAGAGUAGAGAGCCGCAGUAAGGUAUCAUUUAAAAGGAAUGAGGUUUCUUAAAGUUAAAUGAGAUGUAAUACUCUGUCGGCCCUAUAAAAAAAAAUCUUUUAAGAAAUGAUUUUUUACUUUUAUAACUCUCUUAGCUUUAAUCUUGUAGUGCUUUGAGUAAUUAUCCUUUAGGCAGGGGAGUGCACAAUCUAUUGUAUGUUUACCUAUAGUCAUGCUUUGCAGGGACUUACUGUCCUGCUGUCUCUGUAGAAAGCAUGAUGAGGUGAUGUUCCCUGUCAGGAAGCUCUUUUAAAGGUAGAAAUUAGAAUUAUCAUAUAUAAAUUACAAAUCCCCCAGUAUUUGAGGGGAUAUCUUGAAGUUCCGCAGGCAUCUGAAACAGUCUCUGCCUUGCCUUUCUCCUCAAUUAGUCAGUAUUCAGCGCCCAGACCGUCAGUGAACAUGAACAACAACAUGAACUUUAAAGGUCCAAUAUGUAAUACUGACAGCUAGGGUUUAAAUUGGCAACUGCAGUCCAAAUUCAAAAUACUGGAGAGUCAUCUCCCCCGUUCCUUCCUCCCCAGCGUUGAAGUUCACGGGGGUUGCCAGGUUGCGAACGAUAAACCCAUCGUCCAACAAUUUCGAUGUUAGCUAGAUGCUAGUCUCACAUUGCCAGACAUUACUCCACAGUGCAGCGAAGUUGCUAUAUGAUGCUAUGUUGACAGUUAUAAAGAGCCAGUGUUCUUUCGGAGCUCUGUACCCGACUGACAGUUACAUUUGAUUGUC